AUGAUAGAGUCCUACAUUCCCCAGGAGUACCUCCAGUACUUCCAGUACUUUCCGGAUGCCCAGAAGGUGACGAAUGCUAUCAUCCUGCUGACCCCUUUGUUCACCUACGGGUUGGCCUGCUGGGGAAUAUAUAGAAACAAGUCCUCCAUGGGCUUUUCCAUAGACAUCUGCUUGUCCAUGCUUGUGCUGUCCAUCCUCAGGAUCCUAUAUUACUUUGUGACUCCAUACGAGAUAUCGCUACUACGCCAGUCAUUUUCCAUGGUUUUCAUCCAGUGUUUGCUUCUAAGAACGUCGUUGAAGUACAGACCGAGUAACUACAACCCGGAUAACUUACCGGAGCUUCCAGACUUGCUGGAGGAGCUAAGCCAGGUUCCAAAAGCAUUGGUAUCUCCCUACUCGUACGACCAGUCAGAAUUCUACAUCCACCUGAUCUCGUCGGUGCUUCAGUGGAUAUCUGUUUGGGGCAAGCAGGGACUUCGGCUUUUUGACGUUUACUACAAGAGGCCUGGGUGUUUCUGGCAAUGGAUAGAGCAACACAAAUAUUGGCUGUUCAUUGGCAAAUUCACGUUGCUUUUCACGGUUCUUACUGUGUUCUUUCAAAAGUCAGAUGCAUUUGGUUCCACCAUAGGCUUUAUUGGUCUCUUCGUCGAGUCGCUCCUUCCACUCCCACAAAUAUUGCUCUUGAAUAGACUUGGCCUGGUCAAAGAUUUCAAACUGGUUUUAUUGGUCCUGUGGCUCUGCGGUGACCUUACCAAAUUGAGCUACUUGUUUUUCGGAACGUCCCAAAUCUCCAUCAUAUUUAUACUCGCAGCAUUGUUCCAAAUGAGCUUGGAUCUCGUCAUUCUUUACCAAUAUUUCCAUUUCAAAAAGUCUGAUCAGGCUGCUCCUGAAAUCCCCUUGUACAACAUCCCCUCGUCAUAG